CACACAGCCAGCUACCGGCGAGGAGUCCAUUAUCGGACAUGACUUCCCUCCAAAAUAUUAUCGAUUAAACCUUAAUGUGACCGAGCAGGAAGUCAAACUGUGGUUAAAACGUCGGUAGCCGAGUCAGUUUAUCACUAAAGGCGUCUAACGUUAGCGUAAGUUGGUCGGGUUUAACGCUAAAGCAGCUCGUGCCGCGGACUAAUUUAAGCUAACGAUAACGGCUACGGUUGAAAGCACUGAUGCAGCAUUCCGACGCUAAUUUAAAGCUAACGUGGUUUUGUAAAUCGGCUAGCAGCGACAUGACAGGCUAAUAUUUUAAACGGAAAUGUUAAUAUAACGUAAUAUUGGUAUUAGCCUGAGUUAGCUGACGCUACUGUGACACCGUGUUCUUGUCCGAUAAUGGGUUCACGCACACGGUUUAUCAUGAGGCGUGGAUUUACUUCGUCACUGACGUUAGCUAAUUAGCUAAUUCAGCUAUGGCUCCGUGUGUAACGUUGCGCCGCUUCGGCAGCACCUUGAAGCAAACACCAGGACAACCUGUAACAUUUGCUUUGCUUUACUGGCUGGGUGGGUGUGUACCGAUGCCAGUUGGAUAGGAGUCUGCAGUCAGAGCUGGAUAUACAGAAACAGAAGUGAAGGAACUGCCCAUCAAUGGCCAACCCCACCCCUCAGCUUGAUGUACUGUGACAGAGAAGUGAGUGGACCAGAAAUACUGUAGCCAGUUGCCAUGGAGGACACACAGACCAAGCCUAUUACGCCGGAGCCCAGUCCAGCGCCUAGUCCAGCACCCAGCCCAGCACCCAGUCCAAUACCCAGCCCCAUGCUGGACAGAAUUGUUUUGCCCUCAGCAAACCAUGUGGAGCACCUUAAUGUGAACCAGAUCCAGGUAGUCGUACGGCGCUGCUCCACUCCAAAUGUCACCGAGGAGACCACCUAUUUUAUUCCUCGAAACCCUGUGGCGGAUGCGGGCACCAACACAGACCCACCAGUGGUCUGCUGCCCCUUGCUCCGCAGGUUUUGCCCGUGUCCACCAAGAGGCCUUCUGGCUUCUCUCAUUACUAAAGUCCUUUUGGCAGCAGUGCUCUUUGGAGUGGUCUGGUCUAUCACAGAGGAUGAGUGUCUUCCAGGAGGAAACCUGUUUGGCAUCACGACCCUCUUCAUCUGCGCACUCAUCGGCGGCAAAGUGGUGGCACUCAUCCGUCUGCCCAAACUUCCACCGUUCCCACCCCUCCUUGGUAUGCUGCUGAUGGGUUUCCUGCUGAGAAACAUCCCAGUUAUAACAAAAUGGGUGUACAUUGACUACAGGUGGUCUGCGUCGCUGAGGAACAUCGCUUUGGCUGUCAUUCUGGCCAGAGCUGGUCUGGGGUUGGAUCCCACGGCUCUGAAGAAACUGAAAGGCGUGUGUAUACGCGUGGCAUGUGGGCCCUGCAUCAUAGAGGCCUGCACCGUAGCUCUGGUGUCUCACUUCCUCAUGGGCUUGCCCUGGGUGUGGGGCUUCAUCCUUGGCUUCGUGCUGGGAGCUGUGUCUCCAGCAGUGGUGGUUCCCUCCAUGCUGCUGCUGCAGAAGGACGGUUACGGCCUGGAACAAGGCAUUCCCACCCUGUUGAUGGCUGCAGGCAGCUUUGACGACAUCCUUGCCAUCACAGGGUUCACCACAUGCUUGGGCAUGGCCUUCGCCACAGGCUCCACUUGGUACAACCUUCUGAGAGGUGUACUGGAGGUUGCUGGUGGGAUGGUUGCUGGGCUUCUUCUUGGCUUCCUCAUCCAGUACUUUCCUAGUGUUGACCAGAAACACAUAGUAAUGAAGCGAUCCUUCCUGGUGCUGGGUCUGUCCGUGUUUGCCGUGUUCGGCAGUGGUGUGGCAGGGUUUCCCGGCUCUGGAGGCCUCUGCACUCUGGUGUUGGCAUUCCUGGCCGGCCUCGGCUGGGGGUCAGAAAAGGCCCGUGUGGAGGAAGUGGUGGGGUGGGCGUGGGACGUGUUCCAGCCUCUCCUCUUCGGACUGAUAGGAGCAGAAAUUCGAAUCUCUGAGUUGGAGGGAUACACAGUUGGUCUGGGUAUAGCGUCGCUGCUCAUUGCCCUGCUGGUCCGAGUCCUGUUCACCUUCACCUGUGUGUUGUGUGCGGGCUUUAACUUGAGGGAAAAAAUCUUCAUAGCCCUGGCGUGGAUGCCCAAAGCCACAGUGCAGGCAGCUAUAGGUUCCACGGCUUUAGACAUGGCCAGGACAAAACAGGACACGCAGCUGCAGAAGUACGGCAUGGAUGUGCUCACUGUGGCCGUGCUGUCCAUACUGUUCACAGCUCCUGUAGGAGCUCUUGUCAUAGGACUCAGUGGACCUCACCUGCUACAAAAACCAAAGAACUCUGCCUGUGGCACCGCAGCAGGAGGUGAAGAUGACACUGAAACUCCCGUCACCUACGAGAGCACCCUCUGACAUUACCCAUCUCCAUCCAGUAAGCAAGGACAUUUAAAGAGACUUGCCUGGUGCUUUCACACCUCAAACAUUUGAGCUUUCCAUUAGCCACCAAGUGGCUCUCUUUGUCUCCUUCUAUCUGCCGGUCAGCUCCUGAUGUUUGCCAUGCUGCAGGAACAUAUGAAUCACUCUGUAUUUAUAGCUUCUGGUGGUUUCCAGACCUCAGGCUCUAAACAAAUGACCCACAUCCCAGCAUCUGCACCAUCAUGCUGUGUGACAGCGUACAAGAGGUGGUCUUGUUUCUGGUACCAAAUUAACUUUUCAACAGCUUUAUUAGCGUUAAGCAUACGUAUGGUUUACAGUUUUGUAAAGGUGGAUAUUUUCCUUUCUUUCAUAAUCACUGAAUCCAAUAUUUGCCCAUUUGUGUGACGACACAUCAGGUAACUAUUUACUGUAUUUGGACCUCAACAGGUGGUGAUGUUGUACUUUAUUAGAAGCUUUAUUUGGGAGGCUGCGUUAUUGAAUGCACUGAGAGUAGCAAUAUUUUAUUGUUUUAAAUUAGACCACGCAGUUUGUAGGUGUUGUGUACUCAGUACGAUAUUUAUGCAGCUAUGUUUUUGUGUAUUUUUGCGUACAUGUGAAUAAAAUGUGUACUAGCUGUGACUUGGUUACAGGAACGGUUUGUGUAGUUAUGAAAAACUUCUAAAUAAUCCACAACACUUUUCUCUGGUUUGUAAAGAUGCUGCUGAAACUCAUUUGUCUGCUUUCAAUGUCAGGAAUGCUCAGCAAUAAUCAUGUCCAUAUUCAAUUCAUUCAUGUAAACCCAACCUCUGAUUGAUUGUAAGGGAAAGUCGAUUUUUCACAUUUGUUACGUUUGUUUUUUAUUACAGAAGUAUGCAGUGUAACUUAAUAUAAGCUUAAUUUGAAUUUAUUUACAUUUCCUCAUUGUGUAUUUUUAGCAACUAUUUAUGAUAAAGUGACAGAUUUAAGCAUUAGUUUUUUACGAAAUAUUCUUUAUACAAUAAAUGAUAAAAAUACACCAUGAAUUGUUCUUCUCUUGCAUUUUGAAUGUAUUUUAAAGUUCAUGUUUUGGUGUAGUGGUAGACGAAAAGCUUAAAUUAUUUGUCUGGGUCCAGACCUUUGAAUCCGUCCGCUCGCUGACGAAUCUGUCUGAUAUCAGGCAAUAAAGUUAUUACUAUGCAAGAACAUUUGUACGAUUUGAUUAACUGUGUAUCUUAUUAUGUCUUUAAUUAAAGUCCCUGUCCUUUUUAA